GUCUCUACAGUCUCGUCUAUUACGAGGGAUUCAGAUGAUUGAUUUUCUUCUAAAAGCGCGGAAAUGAAGAAGAAGUCAAUAUAAUUUUCUGUAUAGACAGAAAUGAAUCUCACCCUCAGCUUGCAAUGCGAUGCACCGAAGCACAUCGAGGAAUAUUUUCUGCAGACUUUAUCUACAUGUACCUUGACAACUGGUUCACGUUGACCUCUAUUUGCUCAGGAAAAGAGCACUCCAUGGCCAAAAAUAUCAAGAAAAACGAUUUUCCUUCUUCGUAAUGCACAUCUGAAAAACGAAUUUUUAAAUAUUUCUUGAACAAGAUGGUUUGGGAAUGCAAGGAGUGUAAUAUGACAUUUAAAACUGAACAGUUGUACGAGACUCACAAGAAGAAGUUUUGUUUUGGAAACAGUGUGGAUCCCGCUCGUAUUCAUUCGAGAAUUUCUAGUAAAGGUGGGAAUAACACUGAAAAAAGAGACAGACAAGAAUUUCAAAUGCCAUUACCUUAUAUCAAGCCUUCAGUUUAUUCUGCUCCCAAUACUCCAUCAAGACAUAUUAGCAGUGUAUAUCCAGAAAAUGAUAGGAGCAAGAUUUUUCUUUCCAGUCCAAAUCAUUCCUUACGCCAUCAAUCUGCACCAAACACACCCUCUAGUGAUUAUGGUGAUAUAACAGCUCUUGAAAAAGAAAAGAUUGACCAGUUAAAAAGGUUCAAAGCUCAUCAUGUGCUGCAGAGAAAUUCAAGGAACUUGGAGGAGAAGCAUUUUUUGGACAGCAUCAAAGACAGGCGGUUUCAGACCUCAAGGAGAGGCAAUCACGAUCAUGAUAAGGGUGAUGACAGGAUUGGGAAAUUGACUGACAUCCAUCAGCAGCAACUUGCUGACCUUAAACUGAGGAAUGAGAAACUUCAGGAAGAGAAAGCCAGGCUAGCUGAAAGAUUAAAUUCUUUAGGAAUAAGAAGCAGACAAAAAAUUCCAUCCCAAGGAAGUCUGAAACAACAAGCCACAGAACUUGAUGGACUCAAGAGAUAUUUGGAAUUUAAAGAAGACGAAGAAAAGAGAAAUUUCCAUGCACAGCAAUCUCAAGCAAAUAUAAUGAAGGUUUCACCCAAAUUACCACCUCAAAGUGUAACAGCUGGUUAUGUAAGAGGUCCAGAACUGCAAGCAGUACUUCCAAGGAAAUCUCCGAGGGAGCUAUCUAAUGGAAGAGGCCAGGUUGUGCCAUAUCAGCCUUCAAUACAAUAUUACGAGCCAGCUCCAAUACCACAUGGGCAGAGCAAUGUCUUGCAUGAACUCAAUAUGCUGAAGAAUGACUAUUUCCAAAAGGGAGGCCAUGAUCCAGAAAUACUUGCACAGAUAAGAGAUCUAGAGUACGAAGCACAAAGAAUGCAAGCUACCCAGAGACCGCAAGCUGUAGAUCCAUUCUUGCAACAGCAAAUUCUGAGUUUCCACACGGCCAAUCAGAGACUUGAACAAGAGCUGCAACUUUUAAGGGAGGAGAGAGGUCAGAAAGAAAGAAAGCGUUCACCAGAGGUGGAUCCUGAAUUCCAACGACUGAAAGAAGAGCACUUGGUUAAAAUGGCGUCAUUGAGACAAGAAGCAGAGCUGUUAAAACAACAAGCUGAGGUGGAGAAAAUGAGAAAACAACUGAAAGAUCUCAGGGGGGAGAGUACAAUAUCACUUGAAGAAAAUAGAAAGUCACCAUUCACAUUAACAAAUACGAGUACAAACAAAGAAUUACAGCCGAGUCCUUAUGAUCCAAAUGCUGGGUUUGCCGUUUUCUGGGAUUUUGUUCUUGGCAUGAACUCGUCCUUUUCCAGAUGUAGACUUGCUGCUGGGGUGUACCAAGGGGCAGAAAUAGCGACAGAUGUCAAACUGUUACCAAUUGUUAAAACAACAGUCAUCACCCGACAGAGCCAUCCCACAAUCCCCCCUGGUGGAGCAGGAGUUAUUGGUGUAAAGCAUCCAUUUCCAAGAUGUAUGCCUGAUCAGAAUCUUGGCCUCGUUGUGGAGCUACAAGCAAACAGUCCCGAGGACUCUAAUGACCCAAAUGAGCUGUUUUCAAAAGGCUGGACCAGGAUUGAUUUGUUUGAUAUGAGUAACCGGUUGUUCAGUGGAAGGUGGAAAAUUCCGAUCAGAAUCCCUCCAAUUAAAGCAUUUCUUAGCACCCACGAACUUAACAUGAUACCACAGGUUGGACUUGCAGAGCUUUAUCUUAGACUUGUGAACAGUCGCGACGUUCCCUCACAAGAUACACAGAACCCUCAGCCUCUUCAACAUCACAUGUACAAGUAUCCAUCAGUGGAGAACAUUCGUGUCAUUCCUCAAGUUUCUACGCUGUCUGUCAACCACAGCUCACCAAAUUUUUCCCCAGCGCCACCCCCGUCAGUGCCUCCCCCUCCCGACACCCCAGUGGCUGUUUCACAGAGAGCGGAAAGGUAA